AUACUGAGUCCCUAACAUUGUCACGUGUUUAGCUAAAGCUUUAAUCUUGAAGCUCUCACUAAUUCAUCUAUUUAAAUUAUUACGAGUAUAUAUGUAUCAAAGUGACAAUUAAUUACGGAACGUAGUAACCUGACCCAGAAGAUCAUAAUUGUCUUUCUAUUGAUUUGCACAAGCACAGGAAGCUAUCCCCAAACAAAUUCCAUCAAAGAGACAAGAAUAAGUUCAAGAACUACUGUAAUAAAAUUGUUCAAUGUUUUAUUCUUGGGAGGAUUUUUUUAUUGAUAAUGUUCACAGGCAAUAAGAUUUCAUGAGCUGAGCGAAAAAUCGGGCCGAAUUAAGGAAGCAUUCAUCAAGGUAUAGAUGGGUCAAACUCAAACAAAGUACAAGAACAAGAGAAGGCCUAAGUUGGAAUCCAAGGAGGAAUAUUUUGUUAAAAAUGGAGGAAUUUUGCUGGAGAAACAAAUUGCUCUGAGCCAAGGCCAACAUAAGGGAGCUGGGCAGCUGAAGAUUUUCUCUAGCCGGGAAAUCGAAAAGGCUACAGAUAGCUAUAACCCUGAUCUUAUUGUUGGCAGCAGUUCUUAUAGCACCGUAUAUAAGGCAACACUUGAAGAUCGUAUUGUAGCUGUCAAAGCCCCACCACAUCUAGAUUUAAGUCAGCUAAAUCCCGAAAUGAUUGACCUUUAUUUAACUGAAGCCUCAACAUCUAUGGUAAUGGACCAUGACAAUAUGGUAAAACUCUAUGGUUGUUGCCUUGAGACAUAUAUACCAGUACUAGUGUAUGCGUACUUACCAAAUGGAGGCCUCUUUCAAAGUUUACAUGGUGAUGUUGCACCUAGCAAGCGUAUAAAGUGGGUUGAUUGUUUGAGGGUUGCUAGUGACACGGCCUAUGCACUAUCUUAUCUGCAUAAUGCCUUGUUAAAGCCGGUGGUGCAUAGGGAUGUCAAGUCACUUAGUAUACUGCUUGAUUCUUCAUUCCGUGGAAAAUUAGCAAACUUUGGCUAUUCAGUGUCCAUUACUCCAGGGGAGACUCCCCAAAAAUGGCCUGUUGAAGGAACUCCAGGAUAUAUUGAUCCUGAAUACAUAGAAACUCAAGAGGUAACAGAUAAGUGUGAUGUGUACAGCUUUGGGGUUUUCAUGUUAGAGCUAUUAACCAGAAAGCAGCCCCUUCUGAUGGCCAAAGGUGGCACAGACUUGGUGGAUGUGUUCGUUUCAAAUGUGGAGAAGAACUGCAUGAUGGAGAUGAUCGAUAAUGAGGUAUUGCAGCAAGCUAACAGGGAUGAGAUUCAACAGGUUGCAGAGCUUGCAUUGACAUGUGUGGCAAAGAAAGGAGCUGAGAGACCGGCAAUGAUUGAUGUUGUUGGUGAGCUUUGGAGCAUACAAGGACGAGACAUGAAAUGGAACAGAAAUUGUGUUUGACAUGUCUGGUUCAAGCUUAGAAAUAAAGAUGCAGAAGAGCAAGGCGUACAGCUGAAGACAACAGGUGAUUGUUAGUUUAAUAGUAGUUUAACACAUAUGGAGACACGGAGUACUUAAAAUUGAGCACUAGAAUGUUCUUUUUACAUUUGUAUUUAGUAUAUAUCAAAAGGCAGUCAUUUUCUUUGGAUAAACUUGUAGUUUUGGUCCUUUGGUUUAGAACAUGUAUUCUUCACAAUCUUUUAUCUCUAUAGUCUGCUAUUAAAACUGCCUGAAUUUUCAGAUUUUAGGUUGCUCUUUAUCUAGCUUAAUAUAUGUAGGAGAAAAAAAAAGAAAAAAAAAAAAAACAGGUUCUGUCUGCUGUUGCUCUUCUUUUAAACACUGAAGAAGGGCUGGUAUGUUUCUAGAUGGCGAUGCUUCCAAUUUGCCUUGUAUGUUAAAUUGUCAAAUCCUUGCUUUAUCAAA